UUCAGCUCCAAAGAUAGAUGCAUUACGCAUGUGGAGGCCUUUGUUUUCUGCUCUCAGCCCGGAGCAGUCGACUUCAGAUCUGUAGGAUGGUUCUGUGGCACAGAGGCCACCUCACAUUAAAGGACAACGUUUGAUAUAUUGUGGAUAUCAGAGCAAAACAGCUGAACCAUGAGGGACAGACUGAGCCACCUACAGGAGAUGUCCAACGGCCAUGUGGAGCCGAUGGAGUAUGCGGAGUCCACUGUCUCUGACUCCUUCAGCAAUGUGGACCUGGAGGAGGAGCUGCCCCAUGAGGCAGUGGUGUUUGACAACAGCCCUGUUCUGGCGGAGGUUUUUUCCCAGUCGCAAGACAUCCACAGAGAGAUCCAGCUCAUCCGCCUGGAGGUUAAAAGGCUCCGUGAGCAGAACUCUCGCAUGCUCCACGGCACCACCACCAUGAGCACCAUUAAAAGGGACUCUAAUGCCAUCGGUGCAGACAUAAAGGCUCGUGCUGAGAAUGUUCUACAACGCCUGCACGACAUGGACGGCACGGCCCACAAGCUAGAGGAAGCCCAUGGCUCAAACUCUGCCAUCACACGAAUCGCCAGAACACAGUACGCUUGCCUCAGCACUGGUUUCCGUGACGCCAUGUUUGACUAUAAUGAAACUGAGAUGAGCCAUCGGGAGAACUGCAAAGCCCAGAUCCAGAGGCAGAUGGAGAUAGUGGGGCGUGAGGUGACAGGUGAGCAGGUGGAGGAGAUGAUUGAGACAGGCCAGUGGUACAUCUUUAACGACAACAUUGUGACUGAAGGUAAAACGGCUCGAUCGGCUCUGUCCCAGAUUGAGAAACGUCACCAGGAGUUGGUGGACCUGGAGACCCGCAUCAAGGGUAUCCAUGAGAUUUUCCUGGACAUUGCCCUGCUGGUGGAGGAGCAGGGCCCCAUGCUGACCUCCAUCCAAACUAAUGUUCAGAAAACUGAUGAAUACAUACAGGACUCCCUCGUCAAACUCGGCAGGGCCAAGCGUCAUGACCGCAACAACCCAUUUAAAAAGAUGUUUUGCAGCUGUUUCCCAUGCUUCAACUAAUGACUGUAGAGUACAGAGAUGGGUAGAGCGAUGGGAAAAUAUGCAAAAUGAUGCCCAGACAAAGAAAAGAGGGAAAUCCCAAGGAAAUGAAACCUGCUCAGUACUUGUCAUUAGUUCACUCUUCUUAUUGUCACUAAGUAUUUAUCAAAACAACCUGUAGAGUCGUUACAUAUUAACAUUUUUUCCAGGAGGCAAAAUAAAGGUUGAAUCUUUUGAUUGAGAGACAAAAAUGGUGAAGUAAAAUAUUUCAAAAUGAUAUUUAAGAAAUGCAUUGAUGUCUGUAAUGUUUGAGAAAGGUUUGAGACAGGUAUCUCAAAACAGAAUUAAUUCCCCCACGAUCGAGGUGUUAUGCAGAAAAUAUGUUCAGAAAAUAAAUUCAUCUGCUGAGUUUCUACAUGGGAGGAAGAUACAUGUUUGUGUUGGCCAACCUGCCAGGCACAAUGAUUCCUGACACGGUAAACUGUCAUGAUAGUAAAUGUUACAGAAAUGUUAUUCUAUGCAAGUUCAAUCAAGUGAUUUGUCACAAAAAUCAUUUUCUAGUUUAUGACCCAAGACAUUCUACAUGCCUACAUGUCAAUGCACAGGUAAUUGGAUGUUGUAGUUGACAUAAAGCUGAAAGAAAAUGUUUUAGAAAUUGUACAUUUGAGUUGCUCUUGAAUCGGAUCAUAAAUAUUUUCUGCAUUAUAUAAAUUAUCAAAUUCAUGGGUUGAUCGUAACUAGCCAUUUUGUGUUGACCACACUGUACAACAGUUUUUAAAGUCCUCCAUUAUUUCCUGGUAUUUACCAUCUCUUCAGUGUUCUGACCAGGAUUUAUUCCCAUUCUUGAUUUUAUACAGGGAUCACGCUGUUGAUGCUGUUGUGAUGCACAUAAUCUGUUACCUUUCACUGCCUUUUUAUGACUUUGUAUAUAAUUAUAUCUUAUUUUUGUCUUCAUUCUUGUGGUGUCUUAUAUAUAACAUAAAUAAUUGUAUUAAAAUACAGCAUGGGUUUAUUCUUGUUGAUAUACCAACACAUCACAAUAAAGACUUGAAAUUUA